UAUUUGCCGAACUAUUAGCGGUGACCUCGGCACAUUUCUUUUAUUUGAGUAACGUAUUUAGUUACGCUGAACCAGCUGACGCUUAGUAGUCAGGGCGGUUGGGCAUGGUGUGUUGAGCGGAGAUGACGUAGAGUUGAUUAGUGAUAAAAGAAAUUGUGAAGCAUAUUAUUUUUAAAUUCCUCUUGAUCAAUUUUGAAACUUAUUAUUUAAAAAAUACUCUUGUGAUGGCAUGGGCUGCAUGGCGAGUUCACACAAGAUUGCAGUGUCGACUACUUCCACCCAGUCAACGUGGCCCGGAUCCUCGGUGAAGGGAGAGACGAUCGUGGCCGCGCUCGUGAGGCUGGACAACGAGAUCGCCAGCAGCGAGAAGGCUUUCCCUGCAGCCCGGCUGGCGGUCGUCUCUGCUGAGAUGGAGAGCAUACAGCAGGAAAUAAAGGCAUUCGAAGAAAACACAAAUACAGCGAUAAAUAAAGAAACUUACGCGAAAACACUUCACCAGGUUUUUGUAAGUCUAGAUGUCUACAGAAGGCCGUUAUUAGCUUCGGAAAAUGAAGAUUUUAUUGCUAACAUCAACAGAAAGGAAAUGCGCCGUCUAGAGCUAAGCUGGCUCCGCACGCGGCACGCUGAGCUCCAGCGCGAGCGGCGCGCGUUGCACGCGCAGAUCCUGCGCACGAGAUCGCUGUAUGCGCAAUUGCAACACUUGCUGGAAAGCAUCUGGAGCGAGAGUAAUCGCCCCAGCGCGUCUCUAGAGGGCGCGUUGCUGCGCGCGCGUGCAUUGCGCGACGCGCUAGCCGGGGUUGGCGCGCGCCUUCGCGCCGCCGCUGAGUACGCGCACGGCGCAGUGCGACUGUUGGACGACGCGUUGCCGGCCUGGAAGCUCACCACUGUUGGGAAGAGUGGUUGGGAGCGCACCCUGGCGUGCGCGGACACGUGCACGCUGCUGGUGCAAGCGCGUUGCCUCGAGCGGGGCGCGCGCCGCGUGCUGUCCGCGCCCGCCGCGCCGCGCGCCGCGCGCUCUCUGAGGCUGGCGUUGGACUAUGCCUUCACCGACACCAUGCACGAUCACAAGUAUCAGAGAGCUACAGAAACGUUUCUGCAAUUCAAAGAAGCCCUGAUACAACUCAUCAACUCCAUCCAUCAGGUGCUCCUGAACAACUUGGAGAACCUGUCAGUGGCAGAGAAGGACGUUAUGAAGUGUAGGCGGGAGCUACGCUCAGCUCGCGUCAACGCCAUCGUGGGCAAGGGCCUGGCCGACCUGCGCUACGAACCCAAGGCGCUCAAUAGUUUAAAGUCAAGGAAUAAAUAG